AAUAUUCACAAGGCUUGCCUUGGACCUCAGGGUGCAAUUCUCUGUCAAAACCGACAGAGGGAGAUCGUCAUCCUUCAUCUCAACAAGUAUGGCGGCGUACAGAAGGAAAUUGUUCGCUGUUGGACUGAGCUGUGCUGCUUCCUUGAUGAACAGAAGCUCCUGUCAGAGCAGCCCCAGACUGGCUCUUCUGCCCACGCUCAUCAGGAAGAACUGGAAGACGCUGAGUGUCACAGGUGCUCUGUGUGCUGUUCCCUUCAUCCAGAAACCAGAAGGUCUGUCUCAUGAAGAUCUGGUACGGAGAGCAUCGUCUCUGGUCACUGACAGUGCUAAUACUUUCCUCUCACAAACUACUUUAGCGCUGCUCGACACCCUCACAGGUUAUGUUAAGGCUAUAAACAGUCUUGUGACAUUACACAAGCGCUAUGUGGCUUCCAUCAGCAAACUUACUCCUGCAGAGGAGAAUGCUAUCUGGCAGGUCAUCCUCGGCCAGCGUCAGGAGGUAAUUGACAGGAGAAAGGAUUACAAACGAUUUGAAUCCUGCUGGAUGACUGCCAUCAAUCUCUCAGAGCUGGCAGCAGAGGCAGCUUUCAAUGCAGGGGCUGACCAAGCUUCUGUGACAGCACAGAGCAGUCUGCAGGUCGCACAGUCCCAGGCGGAACAUUUUCGGCAGCUGAUGCUGAAGGCUGAGAGAGAACUCAAAGACUCUAAAGCUGAGAACAGUGAAAGGCUUCAAACCCUCAGCCCCGGAAUGGAGGAUGAGGACAUCCCAGAUGCAUAUCUACGAGAGGACUAGUCAAAUCAAGACCUUUAGCACAGCUUUAAUGUAUCUUGGACACUCUGAAUCAAAGACCUCUACCAUUAUUGAAGCACAGAAUUGUAUUUGUACUUGAUUAAUACUCCCAUCUGCAAGUUAUUUAUUUGUGUAUGGAUGUGGCUCAGGACAAAUGCUGUGUAGUGUGUUACAAAUCUGUGAUGCAACCAAGAUAAUUUAUGUAAAUUAAUAUACGUAUUAAAUACAAGGUAUCAGGGUAAGAAAUGGGACUUGAUAGAUAAAGAGUCACUUUCCAGAUUAGGUGCUUCACAUUUGUUAGUAAAUGAAAAGUGCAAUUACAGUUUAAUUGAAUGGAUUUAAAUUUAAACUAGUUUUAGAUUUAAAAACAGCCGUUUCAUAAAUUUGAUUAAACUCUCUCUCUUUUUACUGCAUGCACAAUAUGUGUGAUCUACAAUUACAGACAUAUUCUAUCCUUGUGAUUUCUUAAAAUAAAGUGGCAAUUAUCUGUUUUAAUGUGAA